CUCCUCUUCUUCCUGCCGACACACCCACUGCUGGGUGGGUGCUGGGUGGGUGCUGGUGUGGGCUCACCCCGGAGAGGAGGAGGCGGAGGAGGAGGAGGAGGACCGACGGCACACGCAGCAGCGGAGAGUGGUGCAGUGCGAGCGCAGCGGGGGACUCGGGAGCCGAGAGAAAACCCACACAUACACACACACAUACACACACACACACUAUCUCUCUCUCCCUUUCUCACACACUCACACACACACACGUACACGCACACGCACACACACAUCAGCGGCCUGAACUCUAUGGAGGGAUCUGCAGCGGCACCGUAGCGACGCAGCGGGCCGUCAUGGAGGAGUAUCUGCGGAGGGUCCACAGCAGACUGGGGGCAGGUGCAUCAGAGGGUCCCGUCCAUGCUGUUUUGGGUGGACCGAGGCCAGAUGUUGACACUGUGGCCGCAACACUGUGCUUAGCCCUGCACCUCAGCCAGAAGGAACCGUCAAGCGGACUGUGUCUGCCUGUGUUGUGCGGCCGGCGGGGUAAUGCCGCGCUGCCCGAGGACACAGUGAAGUAUCUGCAGAGGGUGAACAUUUGUGAGAGUUUGCUGCUGUGGAGAGAGGAUGUAGACCUGGUGACGCUUCAUUACACCGGAAAACUCUCACUCACUCUGCUGAGAGAUGGCCUUCUAGAUAGCUCUGAGUACCUCGCUCUGGAGUCCAGCAUCCUGCGUGUGGUCCAUCGCGACGGGCAGCAGGACACAGGGGAUGAUGGGGCAUCGUCGCGGUGACGACGGUCGCCAGGGAGAUUCGUCAAGAGGCAGCGGAGCACAUCAGAGCAGCGCUGGGGAAGACUCUUGGAGAGGCGCUGCGGCUGCAGAAUGAAGCUCUGCAGAUCAAACAUGGCCGUCAGUCACCACAGCUGGAGGAGCUCUGGAGAUCCUUGGAGCAACCGAGCGACGUCGCCACAGCUCAGUCUGACUUGGAGCAGCUGUUGACUACAGAGCUGAAGGAGUUCUCUGAUGGAGAGAUGACCAUAGCACUGACUUCACUCACUACAGAUCAGGAGCACUGGCCUAGUUAUGUGGGGGGGCUGAAAUCAUUCAGUCAGCGCCAUGGCCUCGACAGUCUGGUGGUUCUCCUGUCCAGCAAUGAUACAGUUCAUCAUCUCUGCCAGCAGGUGGCUGUCUACUCAAACGACACAGAUAUCCUAAACCAGAUCUGCUGUGAGUUGGAAGACUCCUCCAGCUGGUCUCUUUCUGGUGAACUGGAGGCUCGGGAGAAUCUCCAGGUUUACCACAUCCCUAUAAACACCUCCUCGUCCUCUGGUACUCCUCCCAUGCUGGAGGAGGAAAUCCAGAGCAUCCUCAAGGACUUUGUGGACCGACGCAGCUCUGUAUUAGCUUGCCACCCCAGCAGUCGGACCUCUUCCACGGAGGGAGUAGCAGGCAGUGUGGAGUUCUCCCAGGGAUCAUCUGGUAUCAAUGACAUGGAUGCCUCUGACAUAGAGAGGGCAGAGGGAGGCACUGCAGAUGUGGUGGCAAUAGCAAGGGUGAUGGCAGAUGGUGAGGAGGACACAGGAGGUGUAGGAGUCAGUGCUUGUGGUGAGCUAGUGAGCCCUGACAGCGGUUUGACCACCAUCCGCAGCAGCCGCUCCUCCAAAGAGAGUUCAGUGUUCCUUAGUGAUGACAGUCCAGUCGGUGAGGUCAUAGCAGGAGGUGGUCCAGCAGCUGGGCCAGGAGGACUGCUCCUGAGAAACCCCUCUCCCCUGGGGUUGUUGUCCCUCUCCCCUCCUGUCCCACUUGAGAGGAGGAAGCACCGCUCUGGCAAAAAUAAGACUGACAACUUUGACCUCUUUAGUUUUGACCCACUACACAGCAGUGACCCCUCUUCGUCAGCAGGAGGGGAACUGUCAAAUUCUGAAGUAAGAGGAGAUGGGGGGUUAAAGGGGCUAGCAGGGAGCUCCAACUUAUCUGAACUUGAAGAACUGAGUUUCCUGGAUUUCUCUAGUGAUAGUCGAAAUUCUUCAAUUGACCACCAUGGUCAAAUCCAUGGGAAUGAGAUGAUUGACACUGUGGUUCCUCCAACCCCAGUCAACAGCCUGGCUGGUAGCUGCCCACCCAACAGUUGCGCGAUCAGGUUCUUCCCAGAAGAUGUAGCUGAAAGGAUCAAUGGCCUACAGCGAAAGGACAGUAUGUCAUCGUCCUUGUCAGAGACCUGGGAUGAACUUUGCUUUGACACACAAGGAGCACUGUCCUCAAGUGAUAAUAAUGCCUCGAAUAGGACCAAGGAAUACGAGAGCCCACCGAAUAUUGUAGAGGACGUUGGACUCAAAGAGUCGAUCGCUGAAAGAGAAAUCUUAAAGAAUCCCCACCAGAGGCCAAAGAGCCUUCAACCUCAGCUUAGUCUGGUCAGUGGGCAGACCGACUCAAAUGAGAACUGGAACACAGAUUCUGUACUGAAGGAGCUGUGGAACCCUGUUACUUUGGGUGAUCUGCAAUUGACACCACCAGAGGAGGAGGGAACUGGAAAAUGGAAAGCUGGUUUUAUUGGAGCGAAAGAAAAGACAACUUCUGUGUCAAGAAAGAAAGCAAUCCUAAAUACUUUAACACCAGACACAUCUAAAGAAGAGGAUGAAGGAGUCCAAGGUAAAAAGGACGACAGAAAGAUGGAGCUCCUAGACUUCUGGACUUACUCAGCUCAAAAGGGAUUUCUUAAAUCUGAUAGUGGAACCACCACGUCUUACCCCGAAUCACUAGAUAUGUGGAAUAUGACAAUCCGGGAUGACAGUCUAUCACCUCUCGCAACCCCUGACCACCUGUCUGAAAACUCUGGUUCUUUCUGUGGGGUGAACCGUAGUGUUGUGGGUGGUUCAUCCACGGAAAGUCCACCAGGAUUCUGUGAUGGUGGAAUGGAGAUGUGGAACACCACCAUACAGGAAGACAGCUCUUCCACUGUAACAAGCCCCGAAGGACCUGACAAUGGAAAGGAACUCAGCCACAUGGGAUCACCGGAUGCCAGUGAUUCUCCAGAGACUCGUGCAGGCAAAGAGUCAGAAGAAGAAAAAGCCAUAGAGGUGGGGAACGAUAUGAGGAAAGUAAUUAGUCAUACACCUGAGGAAGUGGAGUGGAGAGGUAAUGAGCACAAUGUGAGAAUAGUCAUAGAAGCUGCAGAGAGUAUAGUACAGGGUAAAGAAACUGGGGGGGAUGAAAUGCAGAACUUGGGAUCUGAACAUUCAGAAAAGGAAACUUCCCCACAUCCAGACACAAACAUGUGGGACUUACCUGUUCCUGGCAUGGUAAACUCCAACUCAGAAUAUGACAAUGUAGGAGCUGAUCAGUGGAGCCGGACAUCCUCUCCUGAGACCUAUGCCAGCCCCGUAGUGGACAUGAUACAGCUUGAGGGGCAGUCUAGCCCUUUUAUAGCAGUGACAAGACCUAUUCAGAUAGACGAGACACACGAUCAAUCCAAGAAGGCUAUUACUCUAGGAAAAACUGAGAGCAGAGCAGUGAUUUCAAAUAGAGAACAGCCAGUUAGCCACGUGUUCUUAUUUGAGGGAACUAGUGGGGGAAGUUCAAUUGAGAGUGAAUAUGACAACAAAGGAAAAGGAGGAUCAAUAGAGGCUGAUUGCGCAGAGCAACCCAGUGAUUAUUCCCCAUUUUUUUUGGUGGACUAUUCGUCUGCCACACAGCAAAAUUCUGCCAAUUAUCGUUCAAGCCGAGGAGAAGCUGCUGAGACUCAAAUCCAGACUGACCAAUCACUGUCCUCAAGUCAUGUGAAUUGGGACAGCUCAGAAUCGGCUUCAUUAUCAAAUGCUCUGUCAAUCACAGUGGCUCACGAUGAAGAUGGGACUGCCUCUGAAAUCCAAAGGGAGCCCAACAAAGAGAACAAUGGAGAUGCGGAAAGCAAAAGCUCCAGCUCCAGUGGGAAGAGAGACACAUUGAAAUGUAGCCCUGACAGCCUUCACUCAGGUAGUCGAGACGAAGCCAGGUCCAAUUCAGACGGAGAUUCAUCCUCAGGCCUAGAAAUGGAAUACAUCGUUGUAUCAGGCACAGUAAAAGAAGCAGAGAGAGAGUGGCAUGACAGGCCUAAACAGGCAGACAAGCAAACCAAAGGAACAGGAAAGUUCAUGGAGACAUUUAGCACGCUUUUCCAUGCUGCCACAGUGCUGCAAACCCAGGUCCAAGGUGCACAUAGGGAGCAUCAGGAGAAGACGGAACAAAGAAGGCAAAGUCAAAGCGCAGAUAUGGAGCAAAAUCAAGCUGUCUUACCCACUAAUCACGAUCUUGAUAAUACGACUGAGCAUCACAUGGUGUCAGAAAGUCCCAGCCAAUCAAAAGUUAUCUCAGAAGCUUUUCAUCAGUCUCAUUCAAGACCAAAAGGCUGCAGUCAAACACAGGUAGGAGAAGGAAACUACGACGAAAAGUCAAGCACCGUGGCCAGAAGUGUGUCUCCCUCAUUGAGAUAUCCGUCAGAUAACUUCCUGAAAGCCAGAGAAGAAGUUUAUGUCCACUCACAGAUCUCAAUGGAAGAUUCCGAUGAGGGUGGACAGUCGCCCUCCGCACCUCCACUAUGUCCAACCUCUUUGGGAGAUUUUCAAGACUGGGGGGGGCAGUUAGUGAGACAGGACACACCGCAAGCACCAUCUGAAAUACAAUCUCCUGUACUUAGCAACAGUUCAGUGUCCCAUCCCAGCUCUUUGGCUGGUACCCCAUUUAGUGAAUCUGGGAUUUCUACUGACAGAGGACUUGGAUUACCAUUUUCUGGAGAUUUGAUGGAAGAAGAGAAUGAUGAGGAAGAGCAGGAGGAGGAAACAGAUAUGGACCACACUACCCGGACCAAAUGGACUCCAGAAGUACAGGAUGAGAGGGAAGACAAACAACAGUUAGGAUCUUGUGAUUUGUUAAGUUUCACUGAGGAGCUGAGCAGAGGUUCAUCGUUUCAACAAACUGAUUUUCAAACACUUGAGAUGAAGCAGGGCAGGUUCCUUCAGGACACGGGGGAUUGCUAUAAUGGCCAACCUGUAAGGACUGUUGAUCAUGAUGAAUGUUUAUCUGACCAACAGACUGGAAGCCACGAAGCCUCUCAAGAUGGCUACUCACUUGUUUCAAGAAGACAUCAAGAUGUGUCAUCCCAGCCAACCAAUGAAAAUGCUGCAUAUCAGUGGACAGGAAGUCACGAUGUAACUCAGGGUCAGACCCAGUAUGGCUACAACUACCAUCAUAUUGACCAAAGAACUGAAAUCCAGACCACGCACUCAACCUGCGUAGAACCCAAAUCUAACAGCCAGUUGAACACCACAGCUGUCUACGCUGAGUUUACAACUGAUCCAGCAGCUAUUCCAUGUGGGUCUGACCAGACUGAGAGCUACUAUGAAGCUGGGGUUAGCGCUGAGUACACCCCGGAUGAUUCCAAGUUUCAUUACGUGGCUGAAAACCAGUAUGGAGAUGACUCCUCUCAACUUCAGUGCUCUCAAUAUCAAACUGACGGCCAAUGUCAGUAUGAGACGGACCAUGCUCAAUACCAGUUGGAAGGACAGCCAUUCUACCAAUCAGACGUCCAACCUGAGAGGGAAGAUCAUGCACGGUACGUGCCGGAGGAAUACGUUCACUCUCUACUGUCAAGACACUCCCCACAGAGGGACGGGGCAACAGGGAUGAUGAUGAAGAUGGCCUCCAGUGAGGAAGCUGCUGAGGAGCUGGAUAACGGAGAAGACCCAGCCUCCUCGGCAGAUGUGUCGGGCAGCUCAAAUCAAAGGAGAAAGUUGGCCGCACCGCCAUUGAAUGUGUCGCUGGACCACAGUGAGGGGUCUCUUCUCUCAGAGGACGCUCUGGACACGGAUGACGAGGCCUUGGAUACUGGAGACGACCUGGACAUCAACAUUGAUGAGCUGGACACACCUGACGAGGCAGAAUCACUGGAGCUGAGCAGACAUGGGGACUCAGAAGAGUCUAAUCUGGCUGCGGGAGUAGCUUCAAGUGACGUCACCGCAGGACACAGUUCAGCCGAGGGGAGCAGGGACAGCCGACUGUGGAGGAGCGUGGUGAUUGGAGAGCAGGAGCAUCGCAUUGAUAUGAAGAGCAUCGAGCUGUACAAAAGGGUCAUUUCUCACGGAGGUUAUUACGCGGAACAGAAUGCCAUCAUUGUGUUCGCAGCAUGUUUCCUUCCAGACAGCGACUGUGACAAUUACAGUUAUGUCAUGGAAAACCUUUUUCUGUAUGUGAUAAGUACCUUGGAACUAAUGGUGGCAGAGGAUUACAUAAUUGUUUAUCUGAACGGCGCCACACCUCGCAGGAGGAUGCCCGGUUUUAGCUGGAUGAAAAAGUGCUACCAAAUGAUAGACAGGAGACUAAAGAAAAACCUCAAGAUGUUCAUCAUUGUUCAUCCUUCCUGGUUCAUACGGACUUUGCUGGGAAUAACCAGACCCUUCAUCAGCUCCAAGUUCAGCAGUAAGAUCAAGUAUGUGAAUAGUCUGCGGGAGCUUGGAGAAAUCAUCCCAAUCGAGUACAUUCACAUUCCACCCAGCAUUAUCAAGUAUGACGAGGAGAGGGGUAAACACAGAUUUGCACGCAUGAGAGCCGACAAGAAGGGGAACUCGGCCGUUUGACAGACACAAGACACCUGACACUCCUGCCUACUUUCUCCCUGCAAUGUGCUGUAUUCUACCACAGCAUGACUGAAUAUGAGCGGCCCUGCAGCAUGAUGUUCGCGGCACUAGCAACAGGCUGGAAAAGAAUAAGCUGUGGUACAAAACAUCAGGCGACUGCUUGUUCAGUGAGGGAGGUAUUAACACCUCUCACUGGGUGCUAAACAUAAUCCGGUAUGUACAGUGACUGAGACUGUCACUGUUCUGUACUACUGUAUGUUACACAGCACUUGAUUGUGUUCCCCAUUUAUUAGUUUCUGGGGUUUUUUCUUCAUUUUUGAUUAAACAGUUUUAUUCUUCUUAAUUCACUUUGGAGGAAUUACUAACAGGCUUGGUAAUAACACAGUAAUAUGACAUAACAGCAGUUGUAACACUGCCCAUCUGCUCACAAAUACACAUUUGUGUUUCCUGAACAGUUAGGAUUAUACUGUACUGUAGCUUGGUCAAUAGACUGUAACGUUACAGGAUGUAGAAUCUGAUUUCAGACACUCAAGGUUUACAAAUGUAUGACCCACACAUUAAAAAUUCCAAUUCAAGCCUGCAGUUUGUAACGAUAUGAAACAGAAAGUGAAUGCUGCUUUUUUAAUAGUUUAUUAUAUAGGUAUCACACCCUAAACAUGUCUUAUAAAAGCUACGAAUUGCCUAUUCUGUUAGCAUUGUAUAUCACUGUGAACAUUCUGGGGAUGUCAUACAGGCGGUUCCCAUAGCUGCAGUAAUGUGUUGCAUGCCUUCAGUUGCAUCCUUUCCGAUUACUCAGAUCUGAUUACUCACCCAGAUGUAGAACUGUGUACUAAUGUUAUUUUAAUCAUAUUUGUCCAUGGUGUGUGUGAAAACAAUUUGGGGAGUGAUCAGGGAAUACUAUGUUAACUGAUGGUUGGACAGGGACAGUCGGUGUGUGUCUACUUUUAUUUUCUUUUUGUUUUAUUUAUAAAUAUAUUUGUGUCUUGCAAGGUGUUGAUCUGUUGUACAACAUGUAAAAUUAUUUGUUUCAUUAAAGGUGUGUUCCUCCUCA